CCCAACAUCUUCUUCAGUUCAUCAAACUCAGACCUGUGAAGUUUGAACUCUGAAUCAAACCCAAAAUGAGCCAGGAACAACCACGACGGCCACAGGAGGACCAGGCUCCCGAUCAGGAACCCAUAAGAUACGGCGACUUGUUUAACGUCGUGGGAGAUUUAGCAUCGCAACCUAUUGUGCCGCAAGAUGCAGUCGCCAUGCAAUCGGCUGAAACACUGGCCCUUGGACAGACGCAGAGGGGCGGAGCUGCCUCUAUAAUGCAAUCGGCCGCUUGGCUCAACGAGAGGGCAGGCCUUGUCAACCAGGACGAUGCUAACGUCGUUGCCGGGGAUGUCCCUCGCGUUGGCAUAUCCAAAUUACACCACAAUGGCAACAUUUUGGUCACGGAGAAAAUCGCCGGACAGGUGGUGGCGCAGUAUGUGAAGCCAGCCGAGGUGGUGCCGACUCCGGCAGCAAUUGAUCGGAAUGCAGUUACAAUCGGGGAAGCUCUAGAGGCAGCGGCACUAUCCAAGGAGGGUUAUAAGCCGGUGGACCCAAGUGAUGCUGCUGCGAUACAGGCGGCAGAGAUGAGAGCCUCUGGGAGUAACGUGAUCCGAGCUGGCGGUGUCGCCGCCACAGCCCAAUCUGCAGCCACGCAAAAUGAUCGAACAAUGCGAGAUGAAGACAAGACCAAACUCGCCGAUGUUCUGUCGGAUGCUACCCAGAAAUUACCAGGGGAUAAGCCAGUGACGACUCGGGAUGCUGAAGGGGUGAUUGCGGCGGAGCUGAGAAAUAAACCUGACAUGAACAGGCCGCCCGGUGGCAUUGCCACGACCAUGGCUGCAGCUGCUCUGAUAAACCAGAAUAAGACCAUCUUAUAAGUCUAAAAGAAUGUACCUGGCGGCUGCCCAAGAAAUCAAAUGGGCCUGAAACGAAUAAGACUAGUUCUAUUGGGUUUACUCUGGGCUAGCAGAGCCACUGAGAAUAAUGAAUAUAUCCUUCGGCUUUGAACUUGUUCACUUGUAACUAUUUAAAAUAAAUAAAAUUUACAACC